AUGGAUGUUCAAGCAUUUCGAGACGAGGCGAUCUCAUUUACGGAUAUGAUGGCAAAGAAUGCCCGUCUGGACGAACCUCUACCAGCAGGACAGGAUUUCAGUGAAGCCGAGGAUAAAGAACUUCAAACUCAGCUUCGAGCUAUGGAUAUACUUCCACGAGAAGCGAAGAGCAUUAUGUGGGCCGCUUUUUGUGCAAAACACGUUGGGAAACUCGCAAACAAUCUGCGAGAGCUUUCCGUAGAAACGCAACCAAAGGCAUUUUCGACCUACGUGCAGAUCCUUUCCCUGUUACCCGAGGCAGCUGAAGAGCCAUAUUAUCGCAUCUUCCUUUCAUCUCCCGACAGUCGCCUUUUAGCCAACCUUGUUGGGAAUGCCUUUAGCCGAAGCAUUUUAUGGAGGAGCCCAAGCGGUCCUGGAUUUAUUUGCGGUCUCCUUAUCGAAUUGCUGUUCUGGUGCGACACAUCGAGGUACUCGCAGACGUGUGGCGAGGAAGAUCGCGUCUAUCAAAUCGCACAGCAAUUUCCAUAUCUGCCUGUUACACAAAAGGCAGAUAUUGAGCGGUUGGAUGUCGAGCCGAUUGCUGCGGCAACGAAGGAUGUGCUGAAGAACCCACUACAAGAUGUGCAAGAUGCAGGAGCGUCCAAUAUUGUGGAAAGAAGUGUCAGACCAAGCAUUGGAAGAAUGGGCACAAAGUUCGCUGCUUUGCCUACGAGUGAUACUGGUGUGGGGCGCCAACUCAUGUCUAUUUUUGUCUAA